UAAAUUUUGUUAUUUGUGUUAAAGUUGUAAAUUAAUGAGCAACAUGCGUCAAAAGGAUUUGCGCCCAGCACCAGCUCUUAUCGAGUUUAAGGGCAUGAAGUUCCUAAUCACCGAUCGGCCAUCAGAUGUCACCAUCCAUCAUUAUAUAACGGAGCUCAAGAAGAACAACGUGAGCACUGUGGUGCGCGUCUGUGAGCCCAGCUAUAAUACGGACGAGCUCGAAGCUCAGGGCAUUACAGUUAAGGAUUUAGCAUUCGAAGAUGGCACUUUUCCGCCACCACAAGUUGUUGAUGAAUGGUUCGAGAUUUUGAAGCAAAAGUAUCAACAAAAUCCGGAAGCUUGCGUUGCUGUACAUUGUGUUGCCGGUUUGGGACGUGCACCGGUUUUGGUCGCAUUGGCGCUGAUUGAGUUGGGACUUAAAUAUGAGGCAGCUGUAGAGAUGAUAAGAGAUAAACGACGAGGCGCCAUCAAUGCCAAACAAUUGUCAUUCUUGGAACGGUAUAAGCCCAAGGCAAGGCUAAAGCACAAAAAUGGCCACAAGAAUUCAUGUUGCGUGCAAUAGAUUUUCCAAAACCAUAUAAAUUCCCACCAGAUGAAAAGUGUUCAUUUUUAAAGAAGAAAAACAAAAACAAAACAUAAAACAAACAGAAGUUUAAAAAGAAAACCAAUAAAUGUGAAAUAUGCUACAUUAAUUAAAGCAGCAAGCAGCAGCAGCAGUAGCAACUACAACAACAAUAGUAACAACGCAAUACAACUACAACAACAACAAAACAGCAAUAAAUAAUGAGAAAAUGCCAGCAAGUGCAUGAACACUGAAAGGCAAACGCAGUCAGCGUAAUAACAACAACAACAACAGCAACAAUAACAACGAGGCAAACAACAAGCAGUGCAUUGGAACACACUCGUCAGCUUUUGCAGGCAGCGCAAACACAAUCAAUCAAUUAGACACAAAUAUAAAUAUGUGAAACUGACAGCAGACCAUUAAACACCAGCAAACAACAGCAACAGCAACAACAACAAAAAACACCAACAACGUUCGGUCGCCGCUUCUAAACUUUCUACUGACACUAGCAACUGUAAUAUACAUAUGUAAACCUGCCGCUUGGCGCUUUUCUCUACUUUCUCACAACAUUUACGGCGCGUGGCAGCGUGUGUGGCGCUUUCUAUAUGUGUGCGCGUUAGCAUAUUCUUUAUUGUACUUCCAAAAAACAAAAACACACACGCACACCGCGUCACUUGCGGCCACGCGCAUGUAAACUACAACAACAACAACAAUAGCAAUAGCAACUCAACACUUGAACUCUGACAAUGAACGCCAACACUUUUUUGACUUUAAAGUUCACUUUUUAUUUGAUGAUGAUUAUAUUAUAUAAUGAUGUUCUAACAAGUAUGAAGCAGAAAGAUAUUUGAAUUUUAUUUUUGUUUUUUUUUUUUUGUAUUAAAGUUAAGGCAUAUAAAAGUAAAGUUUAAAAAAAUAUAAAUUAAAAAAAUAUUAAAAUUAAAAAAAAGAUGAAAAAUGAAAAAUGUUUUUUGUAAGUGCAACCAACAGUAACACAGAGCUAGUAAACUGAGAAUGUAAAGACGCAAAACGAAAACAAUUUAAUUAUUAGUUUUAAUGUUAAAUAAAGCAGAAGAAGAAGCAGCAGCAGCAGAAAGUAAAUAAUAUUUAUAUACUUACUAACAAAAUACAAUGCGUAGUUUUGUUUUUGUUUUCGUUUCCUUCGUUUUUUUUUAAUUUUUUUUUCGUUUUUGCUUAAAUUAAUAUUCUUUACAAAACUUUCUUUCAUUUUUUUUUGUUUUCGUAUUCAAUUAGUGUGUACGUACUCAUGUAUUUGUACUUAUAUAAAACAAUUGUAAGCAUUAUGCAUAUGUGCAACAAUAAAAAAUACAAACAAAACACAUUAUAAUAAUAUUACUAAAUAAAAUUAAAACAAAAAAAAAAUGCAAGCAAAUUUGUAAUGAAAUGUAAGGAAAAUCGAUUAUGUAUGAUAUGCGCAACAAUAAACAAGUAGAAAUCGCUAAAAUUGUUAAGUAAACAUAAAGAAACAAACAGAAAAAAAAACAACAAUCAAAGCAAGCAUUGUUCUAAAAAAAAAAAUAUAAAAAUUAUAAAAAAUCAA